CUUUUUUGCUUAUGGAUGUAAUGUGAACUUCCUUGUUUCUUUGCAAUAGAUGAAUGAGGGAAAUGGAGAGAGGCUUCUGAGGUCAUACGCUGUCUCCCAAUAUCAGUUCUCAUACUCAUGGAUUAAACAUCUUCAACCAACUCUUCCAAUUUAUUUGUUUGAUCAAAAUUUUAUUGUUCCAACCGUUUUCUCGAUAAACGGUUUUACUUUCUUUCUAGUCAACUCUCUGGCUUCUUAGAUAAAGUUGAUGCACUCUCUCCAUUCCUAAUAGGAAUGAACAAUGCUCAGCGUAUAGAAAAAGAAAAAGAGUAAAAUGAAAAGUUCCGACCUGCCGGAUUCGAACCAGCGACCUAAGGAUAGCUUACAGGAUAUUCCCUACUACAGUCCUCCGCUCUACCAACUGAGCUAAGGUCGGCUCACGUCUUGUUCGUAUGCAUAUUUAUAUUUGUAGUUAUUUUGACUCUGAACAGUUUCUUCUUUCCCGAAUUCGUAUAAUUUACAUCUGGUAGGAGGUGGAGCAUGAAUCAUUACUCAUCUUCGAUGGUAGAUGUUGGUAAUGCGAAUAUGGGAUUGAAGUUGACAUUGUUAUCGGUAUGUAAACAUUAAACCCAGUGGAGAAACCCAAUUUCAGCAAUCCGUCUCAGUGGGUAGGCGUUUACGUUAAGCCCUUUCUCUGUAAAGCCCCAACUUUUUCUUCUUUCGUUCCAUAGAAAUAUAAUUGGAAUCGGGUAAUAGAAGGCAAAAAAUGGGGAAAAGCUUCACUCUGAUUCAGACAGUCACCACCGCCGGAGCCUUUUCUGCCGUUUCCUUCUGGUACGGGUUCAUGUUCGGUCGAGAGUCUGCCCGCAAGGAGCUUGGCCACUUGAUUGAAAAUCUCCGCCGCGGAAACACUGAUUCUGCUGCUUCUUCGCCUCCCCAUUCCUAAAUGAUGUGGAUGAAGUCCAUGACAAGUUAUCAAAAACCUGUAGAGUUUUGAAUCUCUACUUAUCUAAGAAAAAAAAGUAAAAUUUGAAUCUUGGCAUAUUCAGAUGCUUGGUCAAGGUCUACAGCAUCAAGAAGGCAGAGGAGUAAUUUCAUCCCUAAAGCUUGAGCCUUGUGCUGAUCCACAAAUCCCUAAGGUAUUAAGGCAUUUGUUGUAAGCGAUCUCUAGCCAUCUUUGGCAGCAUUUUUUUUUUUUUUUUAUCUUUGCCUUAUGUAAUCCUCGAGGAGUAUUUUGCCCUAUAGAUGGCAAUUCUAAAACCUUGGCAUGUUAACCUCACUCUGUGGAUGUCUUCUAAAGACUACAGUUUCACAGAUUACAGAAUUGGCAUCAAUAGAAGUUAUAACCCAAUGUUUGUUAGUGAAAAGCAUUCUGAAUU